AUGCUGCCGACAAUCAUGAAGUUCGAAUACGAAAGACAAAAUAAAGAAAAUUAUCAGUACAUCCCGUUACAAGUAAUCGUUGAUGAUGAAGAAAAUUCAUCUGAUGAUUGUUUUAUUAUCGAAUCGAGUGACCCAACCACUCCCUCGUUAUCGCGCAACGAUCCAAAUUUUCAUUUAUUACUUACAAAUGCAUUACCGCAUACUUUGUCAAGACGUACAAAUCUUCUACUUAUCUAUGAAAAUCGAACACUUGAUGUUCAAAUUGUUGAUCCUGUUGUUAACCUUGAGAAGCAAGAACGUCUCACGAUUUCCCAUUUAAAUUAUCUUUAUUCAAUACCAAAACGACAUUUAUAUUUAUCAAUAUGUUUGAAUAUUGAACAUGUAGCGAUUCCAGAACAAACUCGAAUAAUGUACAAACCAUCCUCAACAUCAAAAACAUUUUCCUUAGGAUUUAUAUGUGAAAUUCCUUCGCUACAUAAUUAUCAACGAUAUUUAAUUUUAUUUGAUGAUGGCACUGCCACUUAUACAACGAAUAAUAAUACGAUAUAUGUAUGUCUUUGCCAAGAUUUUGAACGAAAUCUGCGUUCGAUUGAAUCGACAAUGCUUCGACAAAACUUGGAAAAAUUAAUUUACAAUAAAAAUUCAAAUAAACGAAAAUUUCAACUUCAAGAUGAAGUUCGAGUAAAAAAAUUCGAUGAUAAAUAUCAUAAUGCACGAAUGAUUGAUACUGAUUGUUCAAUAGUAAAAUUAAAAUUUUAUGAAAGACAGGCACAAACAGAAAUAUGGAUGCACUUAGAUUCAUUACUAAUUGAUGAUGCAGAAAUAGCAUCAGUAGAUAUAGCAAGUCCUGUGAUUUUACAAAAUAAACGAAAAUGUGAAGAAAUAUUACCAAUUUCUCAACCACCACCACCACCACUGCGAGUUUCAACACGUACAUCGUUGUCGAACUUGUAUCAAUCUCAUCAAUGUUCUCGUUAUUGUGUACUGACCGCUGAAGAAAAUUUUGCACCACAUAACAUUACCGAAAACCCCUACACAUUACCACUUUCAUGCGGCUGGACUUAUUUUCAUAUCGAUCGUCAUGGGGAAGGCCAAUUUACAAAGAAACCAUCAACACGUAAAAAAUUGCCAUUUAGUUCAACUUAUCUAUAUCGUUCGCCAUGUGGUCGUUCAUUUUUGACAUUAGACGAAAUUGAAGAAUAUCUAUUUCAAACCGAUUCGAAAUUAACAAUUAAAUUUUUUGUCAAUGACCGGGUAACACGUCUUGAAUCGUGCCUUAAAUAUAAUUCAAAAUAUAUUCUCAAUGAAGACAUAUCACAAGGAAAAGAACAUGUGAAAAUUCCUAUUUAUAAUGAAAAUAAUUUAGAACUUCCAGAAGAAUUUACAUACGUGACACAAACACCUUCAAAAUUAAAAAUUUCAAAUGAUACAUCAACAAUGACAUGCUGUUCGUGUACGGAUAAUUGUCGUGACAGAAUGAAAUGCUCAUGUUGGCUUAAAACAUUCGAGCAAGCAAGGCUAAACGGAAACGAACAAAUACGUAGUUGGCGGCGACGAAAGUUGUCCAUGGAGAAAAUGAUUUCACGUUUCGGAUAUAUUCAUCAACGUUUAAAGGUUCCUGUUUGGAGUGGAAUCUAUGAAUGUAAUUCGAAAUGUUCAUGUCAUGCAAAACAAUGUACAAAUCGUCUUGUUCAACAUAGUCUGCAUCAGCAAUUACAAUUAUUUCAUACGACUACAAAAGGUUGGGCUUUACGUGUUCUUCAUGAUAUACCUCAUGGAAGCUUUAUUAAUGCUUAUGUUGGAGAAUUAAUAAAUGGAGAUAUGGCAGCACAUCGUGAUUUUAAAUAUUUGGCUAUAUUAGAUCAUCAAAGUCAUUUAAAGACAAAUGAUAAUAAAAGCCGACAACAAGCGUUGAAAAAUAAUUUUAAUGAUGUUUUAAAUGCCAAAACUCUAAUUCCAGUAAAAAAGUGUAUUCGAUUAUCCCAUGAUGGUCAGCCAAGCGACGACGACGAUGACGACGACGAUGAUGAUGAUCAUGAAGAGGAUGAGGAUUCAUGUUUUAUUAUCGAUGCAAAGCAUUAUGGUUCAAUAAGCCGAUUUUACAAUCACUCAUGUAAACCAAAUGUGGAGAUCCAAAACAUAUUUAUUAAUUCUCAUGAUCCUAGAUUUCCGGUAAUUGCACUUUUUGCAUGUCGACAUAUCCGGGCUGGUGAAGAAAUAUGUUGGGAUUACAAUUAUAAAGUGGGUUGUAUGCCUAAUGUACAUAUCGAUUGUCAAUGUCAAGCAUCCAAUUGUCGUGGUCGCUUAUUGUGA